AUGGCUCAAGAUCUGCUUUAUCGGGGAGGUUUUUGGAUGGAGGGUCGUGUUGACAACUACAACGACAUGGAGGAAAUUAGGAGGAUGCUACGGCAACUUACGGAACGCUUCGCUCGCAUUGAAGCUCGAACCCAGAUAGGUAAAAGUUCUGACGGGGAGAGAUGCGUGAACCCUUAUCUGAACCGAGUAGCUCGCAUCGACACUCUAAGCCGUGGGAGUCUCGACGGGGAGUACGAGGAGAUAGCCCUUUUCAUUAUUGCGCUCCGCUGGGUGAGUCAAGUGAAGAGGGGCACGGUUAUUCUCAUUGUGUCUUUGAAGGUAUAA